CCGAACAGUGAAGCCCACCACAGUUGAGUGUCUGUAUAACCGACCCCUCUCUGCAGUAUGCAGGUUCGCCAGGGAAUAUGCGUAACGCUCACGACUCAGCACACCUUACCGGCAAGAAACCAUCCACUCAAGAGUCAAGGAUAAUACAUUUGGAUGUGGCAAACACACACACGCGUGCCUGAGUUGGAAUACGGCGGUGAGCCGGAGUGACCGGAGCACAGCCAGUGCAGGAGGAAUACUAAAUUCGGGGGUUCCGCUCUCCCCAUAACGUGUACAACCAUGCAUGUGCUGUUUUGGGGACUAGGGUUGCUUUUAUUCCCUGAUUUAAUGAACGUAGUGGCAUUCACGGGACAGACUUUAUUGAAUUCAAGAAAAGCAACAGUGCCAGAACAGCUUGGCACUUAUGAAAUUGUUACGCCGACUAGAGUGAAUGAAGCCGGUGACCGAUUCCCCACAAGCCUACACUUCAGAAGGAGAAAACGUAGUGUCGAUGUGAGCCUUGACAACGCUUCAGACCAGUGGGCCUCGACAAGAGUCCACUACAAAAUAUCUGCUUUCGGCCAUAGUUUCCACCUCAACCUUACACUAGAAUCUGGAUUUAUUGCGCCACUGUACACUGUGACAGUACUAGGAGUACGUAAUGGAGAUAAUCUAACGGAUUUUUCAGCCGAGGAGGAGGAAGAAGAUACUGAAUAUCAGCACUGCUUCUAUAAAGGCCAUGUGAAUGCCAAAACGGACCAUACGGCGGUCAUCAGCCUAUGCUCUGGAUUGCUUGGCACUUUCAGGUCACCACAUGGGGAGUUUUUUGUGGAGCCCCUUCACAGCUACAAAGGGGAGCACUAUGAAGAAGAACACACCAAACCUCAUAUCGUGUACAGAAAGGAUGCCCCAAAGAAAGAGGCUGGCAAGGAAGGACCCGCUUGUGACACUUCAGGCCAUGAACACAGGGAUAUGGGGAAGAAGACCCUAACGAGGCCGGGGUCAGGGCCAGUGGUGUCAGACCCUAUGUUUGGCAGCAUGCUGAAUGACCUGGACACUCUGAGUGCAGGCCUUCCUGUGGAAGCCAUGCCAGGACCAGACAGCAGCAUGAGCAGCCAGGCCAGCCCGUCAACUAAUGACAGCAGCAACGGUGACUCAGGACCUCACAGGAGAUCAAAGCGCUUUCUCUCCUAUCCACGCUUUGUAGAAGUCAUGGUGGUGGCAGACAACAAGAUGGUGGAACACCACGGCAACAACCUCCAGCACUACAUUCUCACGUUAAUGUCCAUCGUGUCAUCCAUCUACAAGGACCCCAGCAUUGGAAAUCUGAUCAAUAUUGUGAUCGUGAAUUUGGUCAUAAUAAACAAUGAUGAUGGCCCCACUAUCUCCUUUAACGCACAGACCACUCUGAAGAACUUCUGUAUCUGGCAACAAGAGCGUAAUAGUCCUGAGGAGAAUCACCACCCCCACCAUGACACGGCCAUUCUCAUAACCAGACAGGACAUCUGCCGGGCACGGGACAAGUGUGAUACGCUAGGGCUUGCUGAACUGGGGACAGUGUGUGAUCCAUACAGAAGCUGCAGUAUCAGUGAGGAUAAUGGACUCAGCACAGCGUUCACGAUAGCCCAUGAACUAGGCCAUGUUUUUAACAUGCCCCACGACGACAGUAACAAGUGUAAAGAGGAUGGCGGUAAGAACCAGCAGCAUGUGAUGGCGCCCACUCUCAACUACUACACCAACCCCUGGAUGUGGUCCAAGUGCAGCAGGAAAUACAUCACAGAGUUCCUCGACACAGGAUAUGGCGAGUGCUUACUCAACGAACCCCUUUCUAGGCCCUACAGUCUGCCUCUGCAGCUCCCUGGACGGAUAUACAAUGUCAAUAAACAAUGUGAAUUGAUAUUUGGGCCUGGGACGCAGGUGUGCCCAUAUAUGACCCAAUGUCGUAGGCUGUGGUGCACCAGUCCGGAGGGAGCGCAGAGGGGCUGCAAGACCCAGCACAUGCCCUGGGCCGAUGGAACCGAAUGUGAUCCUGGGAAGCACUGUAAGCACGGCCUGUGCAUCCCCAAGGAGCACGAUGCCACGCCCGUGGAGGGAGCGUGGGGCGUGUGGAGCCCGUUUGGCACCUGCUCGCGGACGUGUGGCGGGGGCAUCAAGAUUGCCGUGCGGGAGUGCAACCGACCCGUGCCCAGAAACGGGGGCAAGUACUGCGUGGGGCGCAGGAUGAAGUUCCGCUCGUGUAACUCGGAGCCGUGCUCCAAGCAGAAAAAGGACUUCAGGGAGGAGCAGUGCGGGGACUUUGACGGCAGGCCCUUCAACAUCAACGGCCUGUCGGACAACGUGCGCUGGGUUCCCAAGUACAGCGGAAUCCUCAUGAAGGACCGCUGUAAGCUGUUCUGCAGGGUGGCAGGAAGCACAGCCUACUAUCAGCUCAGGGACCGGGUCAUCGACGGCACACCGUGUGGGCCUGACACUAAUGACAUCUGCGUCCAGGGCCUGUGCAGGCAAGCGGGAUGUGACCAUGUGUUGAACUCCAAAGCGCGGAGAGAUAAGUGUGGUGUGUGUGGAGGGGACAACUCGUCCUGUAAAACUAUGGCAGGCACUUUCAACAUAGUACGCUACGGAUACAAUGAAGUUGUGCGAAUCCCUAGCGGUGCCACAAAUAUAGACGUACGUCAACACAGCUACUCAGGGAAACCAGAAGAUGAUAACUACCUCGCUGUCUCUAACAGCCAUGGGGAGUUCCUACUCAAUGGAGAGUUUGUGGUCAGCAUGUUCAAAAGGGAAAUCAAAGUGGGCAACGCCGUCAUCGAAUACAGCGGAUCAGACCACGUCAUUGAGAGAAUCAACUGCACUGACCGCAUCGAGGAGGAGAUGGUUGUCUUGGUGCUAUCUGUUGGCAACCUGUACAACCCAGAUGUCAGGUACUCCUACAACAUCCCCAUUGAGGACAAGCCCCAGCAGUUCUUCUGGGACGCCUAUGGACCCUGGCAGGACUGCAGCCGCCUCUGCCAAGGGGAGCGUAAAAGGAAGAUCCUGUGCAGCAGAGAGUCGGACAGGGUGGUGGUCUCCGACCAGCGUUGCCAUGGGACAGCCAGACCUGCCAUGGUCACAGAACCUUGCAACACAGAGUGUGAACUCAGGUGGCAUGUAGCCCGCAAGAGCGAGUGCACAGCACAGUGUGGGCUGGGCUACCGAACACUAGAGAUCUUCUGUGCCAAACUCAGCCGCACAGAGAGCAAGACCCAGAAGGUGGACGACCGUUACUGCAGCAACCUACGCAAACCCGACGACAAAGAGAGUUGUGUUGGAGACUGUAACCCAGGGGGCUGGGACUACUCCUCCUGGUCAGAGUGCUCCAAGACCUGUGGUGGGGGUACUCGUCGUCGAGGGGCUGUGUGUGGCAAGUCCUCUGAUGGGGCAAGUGAGGACAGCAAGUGUAGCCAGAGGGAAAAACUGACCAGCCAGCCCUGCAACGAGUUUGUCUGCCCACAGUGGAAGACUGGAGACUGGUCCGAGUGCCUGGUGACUUGUGGGAAGGGCUACAAGCACCGGCAGACAUGGUGCCAGUUUGGAGAAGACCGUCUAGAUGACCGCUUCUGUGACUCGUCCAAGCCAGAGUCGGUCCAGAUGUGCCAGCAGCAGGAGUGUGCCUCCUGGCAGGUCGGAUCCUGGGGACAGUGCACUACAUCGUGUGGACCAGGUUACCAGAUGCGCGCUGUGAAAUGUGUGGUUGGGGCAUACGGGUCUGUCAUGGACGACACUGAAUGUAAUGCAGCUACACGUCCCACUGACACUCAGGACUGUGAGCUGGUCCAGUGUCCCAGCAACCACCCUGUUCCCCCAGGGACCAAGGUGCCCUCUCACCCUGGACACAAAACCCAGUGGAGGUUUGGAUCCUGGACACAGUGCAGUGCCACCUGUGGUAAAGGAACCCGGAUGCGCUACGUGAGUUGUCGUGACAACCAAGGUGGGGUGGCGGAGGAGGCAGCGUGUUCCCACCUGGUCAAGCCCGCCGCCAGAGAGGUGUGCUCUGUGGUGGCCUGCGGACAGUGGAAGGUUCUAGAGUGGACUUCGUGUUCCGUGUCCUGUGGCCAGGGAAAGACCACACGUCAGGUGGUGUGUGUCAACUUCAGCGAACAGAUUGUGGAUGUGAAUGAGUGCGACUCCGACGACCGUCCAGCCACAGAACAGGAGUGUGCCAUGUCCCAGUGCCCUUCCCACUCCAGUGACUCCCGACCUUUCCCCCCACCCAGUGGAGGCAGCAGGAACAACCUGCCUGUGGCCAGUGACGGGCGCAGCGGGCCCAGAGCCCAGGCCCACCAGUGGAGGACUGGACCCUGGGGAGCGUGCUCGAGCACGUGUGCCGGCGGGUUCCAGAGACGUGUGGUCGUGUGCCAAGACGAGAACGGCUACUCAGCCAACAACUGCGAAGAGCGCUCCAAGCCCAUCGAGCAGCGCUCCUGCGAGUCUGGGCCUUGUCCGCAGUGGGUCUACGGACACUGGGGAGAGUGCACUAAGCCGUGUGGCGGAGGGAUCAAGACGCGGCUGGUGGCGUGUCAGCGGCCCAACGGUGAACGCUUUAACGAUCUGAGCUGUGAGAUUCUUGACAAGCCCCCGGACCGCGAGCAGUGCAAUACUCAGUCGUGCCCGUCCAGCCCUCACUGGAGCACAGACCCAUGGAGCUCGUGCUCUGCGUCCUGUGGUAAAGGCUUCAAGGAGCGUAAGGUGAACUGUGUGACCCGGUCAGGCCGACUCGUCCCGGACGAGAACUGCCUGCACCUGCCCUCCAAGCCCAAGAAGCAGAGGAACUGCAGAGGAAGCCGCUGCUCCAAGUGGAAGCCGGGCAGCUGGGGAAAGUGUUCAGUGUCAUGCGGGAAUGGAAUACAGCAGCGCGAGGUCUUCUGUACGGUUGGAGAUCGACGCAGAGCUGAGGACACUGACUGCCUCCAAUCAUCCCGACCGGCCUCUAGCCAGAAGUGUAUUUCCUCCGACUGUCCGACUCUGAAUCGGUGGAGAGAAGGAGAGUGGCAAUCGUGUAGUAAGUCUUGUGGGUCUGGCCACAGGCGUCGAGUAGUGCUGUGUGUGGACCAGAACCAGGAGGAGGUCCAUGAGAUGUUUUGUGUUGAUCAGAGGAAACCAGCGAACUCUGAAAGUUGCAACACUCACGUGUGUGAGUUCAUCUGGAUCACAGGAGAAUGGACUGAGUGUUCCACCAGUUGUGGACCAGGCUACCACAGACGCUUGGUCUCCUGCAGUGAGGUGCAUGGUGGGAAUGAUAACUAUGAGUAUGGCCAUCAGUCUUUGUCCAACUGCCCUGGAACCCCCCCUGAGAGCUACAUGCCGUGUAGUCUGGGUCCGUGCCCCCCACCUCUGGAGUGGAGAGCAGGAAUUUGGGGGUCUUGUUCAGUAAGCUGUGGAGAAGGAGUGAUGGAGCGGACUGUGCAGUGUACGUCUGAGGACCGUGGCGGUCAGAAGUGUCUGUCCAACACCAAACCAGAGUCUAGAAAAGUCUGCAGUAACCCUGCCUGCCAUCUGCCCACUAGCUGUAGAGACAUCCAGGUCAUAAGUGGCUCCCAGGCAGAUGGUGAACAGUUCCUCAACAUCCAAGGAAAAGCACUCAAAGUCUACUGUGCAGGAAUGCAGACAGACAUGCCACAGGAGUACAUUACCUUGACAACUGGCGAGGGAGAGAAUUUUUCUGAGGUCUUUGGCUUCAGACUGAUUGACCCCACACAGUGCCCAGCGAAUGGCACCAGGAGAGAGGACUGCCAGUGUAGGAGAGACUACACAGCCGCUGGUCUUUCCUCCUUCAACAAAGUUCGCCUGGACAUCAGCAAGAUGCUGAUCAUCACCACAGACUGGCAGUUUGCGUCCACACGCGAAGGCCACCGAGUCCCCUUCGCAACAGCAGGUGACUGCUACAGCGCAGCGCGUUGUCCACAGGGUCGUUUUAGCAUCAACCUCUCAGGGACAGGUUUCCAGGUGGCAGAAGACACCAGGUGGAUAUCUCAAGGAACCUAUGCAGUGGCAGACAUACACAGAUCACAGGAUGGCAGCAGAGUGACAGGAAUGUGUGGGGGCUACUGUGGUAAAUGUACUCCAUCCACUGGCUCUGGCCUGUUUAUUACAGUCAAAUAAAGCUGUCAUCAACCAGGUGUGUAUAAGAUGCGUUCAGGUGCUUCAGAAGUCAAGACCUCCAGUGUCUCAGUGGUGCUACAAACAAACAAGAACUCCGUCCUUCAAAUGACCUUGAUUACGUCCAGUAUGUACAUAUGUAAUUGUAAAAGGUGUAAGUAGUGUACAUAGCAUGGUAAAUCAAUUAUUUAUUGUACUCAACAUUUAUUUUUGUAUUGUCAGAUAAUUUAUGGUGUUUUCCAGGCCCACACACAGCAUGUGUAUGUAGCUAUCGCUGUUUAAAUCUUUUUGCUAUGCAUUGUAGGACAUAAACCCUAAACCCCACUGCGCUUACCAUUUUUUAAAAUCUGAUUCUUUAUAACGUGCUCUCCUCCAGUGAUAUAUCUAGGAUGAAUUGAGAGCUAUCUGAUCCUUUUAAGCUGUAAGUACCAAGCUUGUUCCUCUUUGACUGGUCCAGUAAUGUUCCCUACUCAGGUUUAGAAGGUAUUUAAUGAAUCCUACCCAGGUCUUCCUCAGAGCCAGUGUGCUGUUGGUUUUAUGUAAGCAGCCAGGGGUCUGAACCUGUGACGUCUGGAGGAAGUGAGGUCAGGUGUACUUCGACAUAUGGUUCCGUAUUACGUUUUUAGAAUGCAGGAGUCAAGGAUGCAUGGUGAAAAGUAACUAUGAAAUGCAGGUAUAGUUUUGAGAACUGAAAUAAUGUAGGAGUAAGUGAGAGUAAGUGCACAAAUAGUAGGGAUGUCAGUUUGAAGAGUAGAACAGAAUGUGUCAGGAGGGUGAGAUUCACCGCUUUUGGGACUUGGAGUCAAGCUUAUGGAGCAGAGGCCGAGUUUGGCUGUAGUCCGGGAUAAGAAGUCUAAUGCUUCAAAACAUCAGAGAGACUUACUUUACACUUGUUCUUAGUUUCCCUGGUAGUGUAAAAUUACAUGUAGUAGCAAUAUUUUAAAGAGCUGCCAUAUUUCCAUGGCUAGACAAAAAUGAAAGCAUGCAAAGUUCAAAGACUCCAGAGACAAUUCUUAAACAUAAAAAAUGUUUAGAUGUUAGGAGUGCUUUUAAUACCUCACAAUUCUAAUUGCCUUUUCCCCCUCAUCUGUUACUUGGUGCCUUUCAUGAAUUAGUCCAUAACAAAGACAGAUACACACCUUUUUUAUUGUGUCUUGAUGAAUUAUGUAACAUUUACUGUACAGUUGUCAACAUUAUCAGGGUCCUUUUUUGUCUAUGUACUUUUCAUCUAAUAUGCAAUUAUGUUAUAUUAUUUUUAUGAGAUGAGUGAUUAUGAACUGAUUUAUAAAGAAAUGCUAUCCAAAAAUCUAAGGUUUCUAGAUUUCUCACCCACACAAAACAUACUUGACCCAUAAUUAUCUUUUGUGGCUGUUUUAGUGAGCUUGUAUUACUUAUACUGUAUACAGUGAGGAUGUAUACCUUUUGUUUGUUGGGUUAAUGACUGGUGGGAGUUCAAAGCCAUAUUCAUCAGUAGUUCCUGUAAGUGGUACUAAGCUUUUCUCUCAGUAGGAUAUAAUGACCAUGUACCUCUUCCACUGUCAUUUUGCCUUUAUAACUCUGACAAAGGGAACUAUUUAAGACUUUAUUUUAAUUGUGCAUAGUUAUAUUCAAAUUAAAGUGGUUUAAUGUUCACUCUCUGAUUAACUUUGGUCUCUUCUGAUUGUGAAUGUUGUAUUUCUCAGGUGUUAAAAAUGAAGGGAUUAGUAGGUCAUAAAAAAUAUUUAUUUAACAAUUUAUAUCGUUUUUUCCAAAUUUGCUGUUUUAUUUAUCAGGUUAAAAUAUUCAAAUUUGUUGUCACUAUUAUCAAGAUUUAAUCAAUAUAAAUACUUAUCAUAAGAGAUUAUUUGUUUAAAUGCAGGUAUUUAUCAUACGUUAUAUGUACAUACCUUUUAACUUGAAUUAUUCCGAUUAUAUGCAAUCAUGACCAGAAUUGUAUCUCCCAAGUAUUUUUCACCGGGUAAACAUUUAUUUAUAUGUAUGUCAUGCCUGCACAAAAUGUUGAAAAAUGCCAUUUGAAUUGUAUGAUUUAUGUAUGAGAUCAUUUAAGGGAUGUAUCAGAGAGAAACCACACAACCCGUCCAUUUCUAUGCUCUCUGUAUGCUAAUAAAUCAUUUUCAUGCCCAA